AAAUCUUCCAGGCCGUUUCCUAAAGUCGGGCGUUGCUUCUGUUCGAUGUCCGGCACGGACUUUGGGGACGUGCACCUCGAGAUUAGAAAUGGAGUGGCACUGCUGACCCUCAAAGCAUUGGAAGGCAGCUGGUCUUGGGGAACUCUCCGGUUGGAACAUCGUUGGAACCCUGUCUUGGUCUCAGAUUUUUCCAGCGCGUUGGAUGCGGUGGAAGCGGAUUCCACGGCUGAAGCUCUGGUAGUCAGCAAUGAAGGUCGCUAUUGGUCCAAUGGCAUGGAUCUACGCUAUUUGGACAGUUGCUCCAACGAGGAGCAGUCCAAACUGCAGAGGGACACCAAUCAACUGAUGGCCAGGGUUUGUUGCUUCCCUCUACCAACGGUGGCAGCCUUCAAGGGCCACUGGUGCGCAGCUGGUGGCAUGAUGGGCUUGGCUUUUGAUUUCAGGGUCAUGGCCAGUGAUAGUGGAUACUUUUUCAUUCCUGGUGUGGACCUAGGGCUGGUCUAUUCUCCCAUGCAAAUGGCCCUCAUGAAGGCCAAGUUGCCGCCGAACUUACAUCGCGAUGUGAUCCUCUUCAAUUUGCGGCGCUGGACUGCAUCGGAACUGCUGGUUGCUGGAGCAAUCGAUGCGGCAGAACUGCAGCAGAUGGUGCUGCUGAAGAUUCGGCCCCCGACACUGUUUGGUCUUCAGGGUAUUCUGCGAAAGCUUUCAACACAUCACUCUCGGGACCCCAAGUUCUUGGCAGUUAUUCGCCGAGAAAUUCGAGCAGCAAUGUCGCGGCAAGAACAAAGCUACCCGUGGCGUUGCCAAUGCGGCAGCCUGAACGGCAAGCGGGCGGUACAUUGUCCGCUUUGUGCAAUGCACUGGACAUCAGGUGUGCCCCAUUCAAAGCAGCCAAAGAAGCAAUCGGGCCAAUCCAACAGUUCCACCAAAUGGAACCAACGGUCUGGCACCCCUCGCCAGAAUCGCUAUUGGUCCCACGAAGCCGAUACAGAAGCACAUGGCCAAUGGGUGAAGUCACCCCGCAGGCAGGCAUCAAGGCCCCGCUCAGCUUCCAAUCGAGCCAAGCAGAACAAAGGCAAAGGACGAGGCAAAUCCAAGGGAGGACAAAUGCCGAUCCAAUUUCAGUCCUCUGCCGACCAUGGUGCGACUCAAGGACCUCCGGCAGUUUUGCCAACCUACCAGGAGGCACCGUGGUUAAUGGCUCCACCUCCGACAGAACUUCAGCAUGCAAAUGCAGCCCGUUUGAGUCUUCAUUCCUCCUGGCGAACCUUUUUGGUGGAGCAGGUAUCCAAGUGGCAAGCCUAUUCCCAACAGUUUCAGCAGCAGGAGGCAACUCUGUCCGACAGAGUGGCAGCAGCCCGUGCAGCUUUAGAGACUGCUCGUACCAAUCUUGCAGUUUCAAAGUCUCUUCUUCAGAAGUCGGACCAGUCAGAUCCACAGGACAUCACGACGGUCAGCGACGAAGAGGAGGAGUCCAAAGAAUCGAAGGAGGCUGCCAACUCAAGCGCGCAGAAAAUCACAGACAGCCUCCAGCACCUGGGGGAGAGCCUCAAAACAUUGAGUGCAAAUGCCGACGAGAUGAUGUUGGCAGAACAACAGGCAAACAAAAGACAGCGAAUCGACCCCCCGGCACCAGCAAAUGGUGGAGCUGCUUCCGGAGAUGGGGAUGUGUCUUUUCCCUAG